AUGGUAUUUAAAAGCACGUGGAGUUCAGUCGCGACACACACGUGGUCUAAUCCGGUGAUCAACACGUGGUCUGAGCCGACGGAUCACCGAAUGGAUCAGUUUCUGCACAGAAGAAAAAUGGCCGACAAAUGCGAUACGAGUGAUGGCAAUGAAGUGACCGCUGAUGUCAAUGAUGUGACCACUGAUGUCAAGACAACUACUGAUUCUGUCGGUGACAGUGAGGCUGUGGUUGUCGUUGCGGACAACGGCGGCGGCGAUUGUGUUGAGGAGCCGAUGCCGUCAUCGCCGACACCAAUGACUGCUGAUGUCAUACACGAAGACAUUAACGAUGGCGUCAAAGAUGAUGCCGAAGACCCCGCCGACGAGUCUCAAGAGAUCAAGUCAUCCGAUGUGUCCUGUUUUUNUGCCGAAGACCCCGCCGACGAGUCUCAAGAGAUCAAGUCAUCCGAUGUGGAGUCGGAGUCGUCGGACAGGCGCUGCACUUCGGCCUCAAAUGCGGGCGAAUCUGAAUACGAGAGCGCGGAUGACGAAGAGGUGACGGCCGGUAACGACCAAUCCUUUGAGGACACGGUUACUGAACACCCGAAACCGUUGUCGCCCUCACCUCCGGCGCCAUACGCUGUGACCGUCGAUGAGAAAGAAGAUAUAUGUGUGGAAACUGUAGACAGUGUUGAGUGUGUGACCGAAAGUGAGCCGAAAACUAGUGCCCAAAUUGUCGACAAAGAAGUUUUAAAUGAACCCAAUUCUGUGACAAUCGAAGAGUCGUCCGAUUCUCAGACCAAAGACAUUGUCGAAGAAAAUGAGUCAAAACCUAAUGAUUUGCCAAACGAUGAGAAAAUAGAGUCAAAAUCAUCGGAAGAAUUAUGUGAAGUGACGCAAAGCGAAGACAUUGUUCCCGAAGACAGUAAAAGUGAUGAUAAAAACGUCGACAAAGUGUCAGAUAAUAGUAAUGUCAAAGAAGAAGAAGAAGUCGACAAUAAUUCCGAUACAAAAGAGAACGAAAUGAAUGAAGAUUUUGCCGAUGAAGAGGGCGGCGGUGAAGAGAUCGCCGACGAUAUCGACAAUGAAUACGAAGACAUGGAUGAGUCGGACGACUGUUCCGGUGAUUCCGAGAACGAGAAUAAAGAUAAUGAAGACAAAGAGCGACAACAGGGAGACGGAGAGGAGAGCGUUGACUCGCAAUCCGUACUAAAGGACAAAAACGUGGAUCAGGACGAAGACAAACGCAACCCUCAGUACAUCCCGAAAAGGGGUCCCUUCUAUGAACACGACGACCGUAUGGGAGGCGAGAUUAUGGCCGCACAGGAGGCGGCCUCUGAAGUGGUGGUCGAAGAGGCGACUGUCAAAGAACAGCCGACGGCACCGGAAGACACGCCAAAGAAACCGAUCGUAAUCGCGAAGAAUGAGAAGGAGGCGGACAUGAGUGUCAAGAAACCCAAGAAGAAGAUAUGGGUUGAGAGCGAGCGCUGGGGUCACGACCUCUUCAAAGAGGACGAACAGACGCCCAAAUCGAAGGACGAAUUGGUCAACAUUUAUGGCUACGAUAUUCGCAACGAAGACAACGCGCCGAAGGCUCGCCGCCAACGCAAGUACGGCAGGGGUCCCAACAAAUACGACCGCAAAUGGCAGGACGAGAACGCUUACAGUCGUGGCGGUAGAGCUUCGCCACCCAUUGGUGACCACACGGACCGUACGCUCAGAAGCGAUCGCAUUGAGCGAAACGAUAGAGACCGCGAAACCAUGAGUCGGACCAACAGUAUGAAUGAGCGCAGAGAGCGACCGCCCAAAGAGCGGUCCAGUAAUGAGCGCUUAGCCAAUGAGAAGAUCGCGAAUAGAGAGCGCUUCGACCGAAAGGAGAAAACCGAAAGAGUCGACCGAAAAGAUCGAAAUGAAAGAAACGAUAGGAUUGAGAGAAAUGAUAGAAACGAUAGAAUUGAUAGAAAUGACAGAAAUGAGAGGAAUGAUAGAAGUGAACGAAGAGAUCGACGGCAAGAACGGCCCGACCGUAUGAAUGAUAGGAACGAUAGACCGCAUCAAAGAAGUAAUGAAGGAAUUUCCAACAAAUCACGUAACGAUAGGCCAUUGAAUGAUAACAACAGAUACGACUUCGACGACAACGUUGAGAAACGGGUGCAGCCGUUCUCGAAGGACGACUUCCCAGAGCUGCCGAACAAUGAUUUGAGGAAAAAAAUUAAUUCUAAUCAACAAAGCGGUCCACAAGAGGUGUGGAAAGCGAAUCCACGAUUUGGCGGCCAUUCAGGGCCCGGCGGUGAGAGCGAAGAGCACAUGAAUAAUGAGUACAAAACAGAGCCCAUGAAAAUCAUUGAAGCGAUUGAACACAACAAUAGAGCCAAUUAUAACGACCCGAACGCCGGACCGAAUGUCGUGCGAACGCAAACAUUUGAGAACUCAAAGUUUUCGUACAGAAAUUCUUCGGGAAAUUACGAGUUCGACGACGAGAGGGGCGGCGGCGGUGGUGGCGGUCGCGGAGGCAGAGGCCGAAAGCCCCCUGAGAUGGAGGGUUCCGGUCGACCCAUACGAAAGUCGCUCAAUACCAACAAUUAUCCCAAUCAUGGUCACCAGAAAGAGCCAAACGAUAACUACAGACAUCGGAACGUGCGGUCGGAUCGCAGCUAUCACUCGGAAGAGCCCAAUAGAAACACCGAUCGAUACUAUGAGGAGGAGAGAGAUUACGGUCCGCAGAGAGACAGAGAACCCAAUUAUAUCUCUGAGACGAGUCCUAUGCAGAAGAUGAUGAUCGACGACAAGUCAGCCGUUAUGAACAGAAUGAAUGAUAAUAGCGAACAAACCAGACCUAAGAGGUAUUCAUCGCUUCGACAGCAACAGCAACAACAACAGCAAAGAGUGAUUACUGACAAUAUGUCGACCAUUACAUCGAAUACACAAAUACCACAGACGGGUGACAAUCGGAACAUAAGCCACCAGUUCUACGACACGCAUACCAUACAGACGUCGGCCUACUUUCCCGACCAGUCGACGCCACGCAACACAUAUCACGCCUAUAUGUCGCCCAACGCCACUGAAUCCCCGCAAACACACCCCACACCAUACAUGUCACCCCCGAUGGCUCAACAAAUGCCGCAACAAUUACCGCAACCCAUACCCCAACAAAUACCACAACAAAUACCACAACAAAUGGCUCAACAAAUACCACAACAAAUACCACAACAAAUGCCACAACAAAUGGCUCAACAAAUGCCACAACAAAUGGCUCAACAAAUGCCACAACAAAUGCCCCAACAAAUAACCCAACGAUAUCUACCGCAAGCGGUGCCGCAGAACACUGGCGGCGAUAACACCCGAUACAUAUCGGCAGCUGUGCCGACAUCGGUAGUUACGGCGUCCGUUCCCUCACCACAAAUGCCACAACCUUUGCCUCCAACCGGACCCCCGCCUCCGACGAACGUGAUCGCCGGACCCCCGCCCGGGUCUGCCUAUAUUCCCAGUUAUCCACAGUUAUCCGCACCAUCCGGUUAUCCACAGUUCCCGCCGGCGCCUCAGCCCACACACGUGCCGCCCGGCUAUCCGGGACACGUACCCCCGCAACCGGCGGCCGCCCCGCACCAGAUCGAGAUGUAUAGGGGACCCGUCUAUUACGAUCCCAGUCAACAGCAAAGCAUGAGAACCGCAUCCCAUCCGCAGCGGCGACCGAAGGCCGCCAUACCUAUAGUGCCGCCCGACCAGAGCGAAGCCGACGUCUCUGUAAAUAGUUAG